AUGUGCGCGCACAGAGUGGAUGUCGGCUCGUCGACCGAUCCCACGGAGUGCAUCUGCACGCACUGCCCGACCACGUGCGCAGACGUGAACGGGGUGACGGACAGUGCUGAUUCGCUGACGGGCACAGUCGACACGUGCACUGAGAUCUAUAACUGUACGGAGUUUCUGAUGGGUAUGAAUUGGCAUCUCAUCGGAAAUCCGGACAGUUACCCGUGGAAUGAAACUGAUUCGUACGGUUGCGGAUGCGGCGUGAGCGUUUGUCCAAGCCCGCCGCCGAGUCCGCCGCCGAGCCCACCGCCGAGUCCGCCGCCGAGUCCGCCGCCGAGUCCGCCGCCGAGCCCACCGCCGAGCCCACCGCCGAGCCCACCGCCGAGCCCACCGCCGAGCCCACCGCCGAGCCCACCGCCGAGCCCACCGCCGAACCCACCGCCGAGCCCACCGCCGAGCCCACCACCGAGCCCACCGCCGAGCCCACCACCAAGCCCACCACCGAGCCCGCCAGUGCCAAUCGACCGCAUUGUUAACGCGACAUCCACGCUCGUGGGCUAUUCAUCAAGCGAUUUUGACGCGAGUCGGCGCGCGUUCUUUCGCGUGGGUAUUGCUAGCGCUCUGUCCGCAAUCGACUCGGAUGAUGUUGGAAUCACGAGCAUUACGGAUGUCAUCGCUAAACGCAGAAGGCGCCUACUCCAAUCCAUGGCUGUGGAUAUAGAUUACUACGUCUUUGUCGAUUCCUUGACCAAUACGACACUCGUAGAAGUCUCGUCGACGCUAAACACGGCACCACUGCUCACAUCUUUACAAUCUAGCGGAUUGGUUGCCGUGACGGCGGUAUCGACCGCGGUGCGUGCGCUUCCUUCACCGCCGCCAUCACCGCCUCCGGCGCCAUCAAUCUCUGGUUCCGCCUCGCAAAACAUUUCUGCGAACGCUACUUUGACGGUUGCUGAACAAGAUCCUGACUUUUCCGGAGCGCGUGUGGCCGGACUAUUUGCCGGUGCGGCCGCAAUGUUGUUCACAUCCGUCGCGUACCAGUACAGACAAAGCAUGUUCAACUUAUUUCAAACGCGUGCGUCCAAACCAACCAACACCGCCGGCGGUUCGAGAAAGUCCGCAUUCGACGAUAAGUCAUCCAACGCCGCCGAAGACUUCAUCACAAAGGCCUGCGAGUGA